AUUCAUCUCUUCCAACUUCUCAAUUUCAUCCCCACAACUGAAAAGUAUUUCGCUCUUUUCCAUAUAAUAAUAACAGCACCGAGCGCGCUCUCUCUCUCUCUCUCACCCUUUGGUGUGUGUUUGUGUGUGAAUCUUGCUGAUAAACUCAAAGUUGAGCUUUUUUUUCCCUGUGUCCAUUAAUUUUGAUCACUUCUUUAACAUGGCUGAAAAUCCCAUUUCAGGCGAACUUAGUAGUCUUUCCCUGAAUAAAAAUGGAGGAUCAGCUGAGAAGAACCCUCUUGUUGUUUGCUUUGGAGAAAUGUUGAUAGAUUUUGUACCUACAGUUUCUGGGGUUUCACUUGCUGAAGCUCCUUCCUUCAAGAAAGCUGCAGGUGGUGCUCCUGCUAAUGUCUCUGUUUGUAUAGCAAAGUUGGGAGGUUCGGCGGCUUUUAUCGGGAAGGUAGGCGAGGAUGAGUUUGGGCAUAUGCUUGCUGACAUGCUAAAAGAGAACAAAGUCAAUAAUUCUGGUGUGCGAUUUGACCCCAUUGCAAGGACUGCACUGGCAUUUGUCACACUCAGAGCAGAUGGUGAGCGUGAAUUCAUGUUUUUCCGUAAUCCGAGUGCUGACAUGCUUUUGCGGGAGUCAGAACUUGAUGUAAAUCUUGUUAAGAAGGCAACUAUUUUUCACUAUGGUUCAAUCAGUUUGAUUGAAGAACCAUGUCGAUCAACACAACUUGUUGCCAUGAGCAUUGCAAAGAAAUCCGGUAGCUUACUCUCUUAUGACCCAAAUCUGAGACUGGCAUUAUGGCCUUCGGGUGAUGCCGCUCGAAAGGGAAUAAUGUCGAUAUGGGAUCAAGCUGAUAUUGUCAAGAUAAGUGAGGAGGAGAUUUCGUUCCUGACUGAAGGUGCUGAUCCGCAAGAUGACAAUGUGGUGUUAAAAAAGCUUUUUCAUCCUAACCUACGACUUUUGCUUGUAAGUGAAGGAAAGGCUGGCUGCAGAUAUUACACAAAGCAAUUCAAAGGAAGAGUUUCUGCUGUUAAAGUCGAACCUAUAGACACAAAUGGAGCUGGCGAUGCAUUCAUGGGUGCAGUACUUUAUUGUUUGGCCUCAGAUGUGAAUCUUAUUCAGGACGAGAAGCGUUUGAGGGAGGCUCUCUUCUUUGCAAAUGCUUGUGGUGCCCUCACAGUGACAAAGAACGGUGCUAUUCCCGCGUUACCUACAAAAGACGCCAUCCUAAAGAUUAUGGCGGAUGCCACUGCGUGAGAAGGAAAAGCAAAAUAUAUAGUUUUCGUCUUUGUUGUGUCUCUGUGAAAACGGAAGUAGGACCUGAGUCAGGGGCUGCGGCGAUGAGUAGCUUUUUCUUGCUAGCAACUGAAUUUGAGUUUCUUGUAGGUGUGAAUAAAGAUCAACUAGGUGAUGUUACAGUAGACAACAUUUUCCAGGUAGUGAAACUUUGUUGCCUGAAUGGUUGUAAGGCUAGCAUUUUGUUCAGAGGAGGUAAAAUAGCUCUGUUGCCAUAUCUGUUGUAAUACAGAACAUAUGCACUUU